UUAACACACAGACAUACAUGGAGAGAGAGAGGGUGGAAUGGAGACUUAACACACAGACAUACAUGGAGAGAGAGAGGGUGGAAUGGAGACUUAACACACAGACAUACAUGGAGAGAGGGUGGAAUGGAGACUUAACGCACAGACAUACAUGGAGAGAGAGAGAGGUUGGGAUGGAAGAGAGAGAAUGGAGACUAAACACACAGACCUCACUAGCAUCACCAUGGCAACUAUGGAAGGCGAGACACAAGGGAAGGGAUCGAGUAAUUAGAAGAAAAAAGUGAAUGCUGGUGCGUGUCAGUCUGCUUCUUCAGCAUGAAACAAGUUAAUCAACUAUCAACUAGUUUUCAUCGUCUUCUGAAAAUCUUCUGACUAUUCCACUGAACUUGUUGUGAAAGCAUCAGUAUGGUAAUGUAUAGACAGUGAGGACGAGAGCAAGAGAGACGUAGUGUGCGUGCGUAAGGGUGUUUUGUGUCCAUUACCAAACAACUGGUAAGUGUGCAGUGCUGUAAAGAUGUAAAAAUCAUUACCAGCCAUACGUUAUCAUGUAUAAUCAUUGCAUAAGUUAUAACAGAUUAUCUUUGUUGUCUCUUAUGUUUCUAACGCAGUUCAAGAUAGAAGGUAUUUUACAUUUACAUUUUAGUCAUUUAGCAGACACUCUCAUCCCGGUUGACUUACUGGAGCAAUUAGGGUGCCUUGCUCAAGGGCAGAUUUUUCACCUAGUCAGCGCGGGAAUUCAAACCAGUGACCUUUCAGUUAUUGUCCCAGUCAAACGUUGAUAUGACUUACAGUAUCUGCUGCUACAGGGGUUGGUUUUUCAAAAUGACUAAAUGUGUCUAAUAUUGUCUUUCUGUUCCUCUCUUUCAGAAUGAGAAGCACCUGGGUCAUUCUGCCAGCAGGUCCAGCAACAUUUCCAAGGCGGGGAGUCCCACCUCCAUCAAUGCCCCCUGCAGCUUUUCACGGUCAUCGGUCACCCCCUCCAACCAGGACAUCUGCAGCCUUGCCGCCACAUCUCCAGACCCAUGCUACCAGAAGCCUUUGUGGUUCUGAUGAACUCCAAGAGCAAAACCUCUCAGGGGUCAGGAGGGGGCAUCUCUGUGACAACACUCUGCCUGGACACGCCCCCAGCCUUCAAGCCCUCCAAAGGCCGGGGCGGGCUCUCCUUCGGGACGGAAUGGCUUUCAUUGCUCCGCCCCUCCACCGUCUACGGGACGCUGAAGUUCUCUCACUCUCUGAGCAAUGUGGGCCAGCGCAUGGACAGCCUCUGUAGCGGACUGCACUUCGUAGACCGGACCUGUUCUGAAGGAGAGCUGGAUGUAAAACCUAAACAACCCAACACAGACCAGAAGUCCAAGAUGUUCAACGGCAAAGCAGCCACACUCACACACCAGGCCUCGAACCAUCCUCCCUUCCCCACACACACACUCACCCGCACACACCCUCACCUCGUUCCCUCAUUCACCAACAACUACAAGUACCUCACCCACGAACACUGUUUCCAACCUCACUCUUCCGGCGUCCAUCCUUCUCCUCCUCCACCACUUCCUAACUCCCACCUUCACCCGCCCAGCUCCAAACUCCUCCGCCUCUUCCUCCCCUUCUCUCGCUCCUCUACCUCUGCCAGUCUACAGUGUUCUGAGCUGGGUAGCUAUGCUUCCCGCCUCCACAUCACCAAAUCCUCCAGCACCCUAAUGGGGGGCAAUGAGCCUCCCCUGGGGGGAACAGAUGGCCUCCUGGGGGAUGACGAUGUGUUUGAGAUCCCCCAGGGAGGGACCGGAACUUGGACAGGGGCUGGAGCCCCAGGAAGUGGUGCCAGAAGCGGGGAUUUGGGUCUGCUUGGGGCAGCCCCCCUUUGCUACAUGGACGAAGACAGCGAUCUGGACCGUUUUUCAAUUCUAGACCGGUGUUCGUCACCUGCCCAUUCUGACAAAAUGGGACCUCUCACACCAGGCACGCUCUCGCCCUAUUCGCUGUCCGGAGACUGCUGCAGGAUCUGUCACUGCGAAGGAGACGAUGACAGCCCACUGAUAACACCAUGCAACUGUACAGGCAGCUUACGCUUCGUCCACCAGGCGUGCCUGCAGCAGUGGAUCAAGUCCUCAGACACACGCUGCUGUGAACUCUGCAAGUACCAGUUCAUCAUGGAGACCAAGCUCAAACCCCUUCGCAAGUGGGAGAAGCUCCAGAUGACGUCUAGUGAGAGGAGGAAGAUCAUGUGUUCUGUGACGUUCCAUGUCAUCGCCAUAACUUGCGUGGUGUGGUCCCUCUACGUGCUCAUUGACCGCACUGCAGACGAGAUCAGAACAGCCGGAAGAAUCCCAGAGGGCCAGAGUGGAGAGACCUUGGACCUUCUUCUCCAAUCUGUUUGGGAAGGAGGUAUCUUGGAGUGGCCAUUCUGGACCAAGCUGGUGGUGGUAGCCAUCGGCUUCACGGGUGGCCUGGUCUUCAUGUACGUCCAGUGUAAAGUCUACAUCCAGCUGUGGAGGAGACUCAAGGCCUACAACCGGGUGAUCUACGUCCAGAACCGCCCAGAGAUGUGUAAAAAGCAAGUGGUCGAGAAGCUGCCCCUCAUGGAGCCCAGUUUGGAGCACAAGGAGGCUCUGGCCCUCACCCAGUCUGACACAAACUCCUCCCAGUACACAGAGACAGAGGACUACAGUAUGGAAGUGCUACAUGUCUGACCAACAUAUUACUGAAGCCCCCAGACCAUUUUACAUAUACUAAUACACAGGCACACUCUGGCUGAUCAACAUAUACACACACAAACACGAGCAAACCAAGUAAAAAACACAAAACACACAGACAUACAUAAGACCAUAGUAUGGGGGUUGUACUAAGGUGUGAGUGACCCACCUUCACCCUUCCCCCAUCUCCACACAGUCUGAAACAGUAUGGACCAGUACCCGCUCCCAGGACUAGACCUUCACUGGGCCAAUAGACCCUUUAUAUAUAUAUAUAUA